AUGACCACCAAACCUGCUAAACCUGUUGAUCUUGCUGAAGGAUCCAUUUGGCAAAUGGGGCCCGCCUUCCUGUCUCUCCCUAUCAGCAUGUGGCCUAUAAGGAAAGACCCUGUCUCGGAAUUACCUGAUAAAGUGGGCAUCUUCAUUUCUCACGCUGAUGCUGAUGUUACUACCACAGGUCUUUGCAAGUUGUUUGAUAUUUCUCGGUUCAAUAGCCAUGAGAAACUGAUAAGGGUUACCAGUCGUGUCAUACGGGCGAUCAGAUCCCGAUCUCUUAGAGAAUCACUUUUAACUCCAACUGUAGAAGAUCUUGCGAUCGCUGAAAUGUUGUGGGCGAAGGAAGUUCAAUCUGAACUUGAUCCUGAUUGGGAAACUAAGUACCGUAGGUUAGGGCCUACCAGAAAUGAAGCUGGGGUGAUUGUUGUCGGUCAGCGUAUCCCUAAAUGGUUAAAGAAUAACUAUGAUCAGGACGGAUUUAUUUUGCUUUCUCCUGAUCAUGACUUUACUAAGUUGUAUGUGGAAUCUAUGCAUCGUCUGGACCAUGCUGGCAUUGAAGUAACUUUAGCCAAGAUUCAAUCCAAGUUUUGGGUGCCAAAGGUCCGGAACAUGAUCAAAUCUGUGAGGUACAAAUGCAUCACCUGUCGCAAACUGAGGAAAGAAAUAGUUGGUCAACUUAUGGGACAGCUGCCAGAAGAACGCCUCAAACCAUCUCCUCCGUUUACCUACACUGCCCUAGAUUUGUACGGCCCCCUUUUAGUUAAAGAUAUGGUCAAGGGUCGCUCAAGAGGUAAAGCUUACGGUGUAAUCUUCAACUGUUUGGCCACUCGUGCUGUUCAUCUGGAUCUAAUUGAAGGGUAUAGCACUAAGGAUUUCCUUGAUGGACUUAGAAGAUUCGUAUCUAUCCGAGGAUGUCCGCGUGAAAUUUAUUCAGAUGCUGGUACUCAACUGACUGCCGCCAGUAAAGGAUUGAUAGAUCUGUCCAAGUUAAGUUCUGAUGACAUACAAGAUUUUGCUUGCAAUAAAGGGGGAGAGGUUAAAUGGGUUUUCAAUGCAUCAGCAGACGCACCAUGGCAAAACGGUGCUAGUGAAAGUCUAAUCAAAUCCCUUAAGAGAAGUCUGACUGUGGCUAUCGGUGAUAAUGUAUCAACCUUCAGUAAAUUACAGACAACCCUUUUUGAGAUUUCAAAUAUACUAAAUGAAAGACCUAUAGGUAUAAAGCCAGGAUGUGAUCCAGAACUUGGAAAAUACCUUUGCCCUAACGACCUCCUCCUUGGACGUACCUCUAACAAAGCUCCAAAGGGUGUCUUUGAGCACUUUCCUAGUCAUGAAUCUCGAUUGCAGUUCCACCAGCGCAUUGUAGAUUCAUUUUGGAAAAAUGGACUAGGAUUUUUUCCCACUCUUCUGAUUCGUCAAAAGUGGCACAUUGAGCGCCGUAAUUUACAGAUCGGUGAUAUUGUGUUGUUUCAGGACAGCAAUAUUGUACGGGGGACGUGGAAGUUUGCUGAGGUUGCAGUAGCAAAUGAAAGCAAAGAUGGUAAGGUACGAAAUGUUACUCUUAGGUAUAAACCCCAGAGAGGUGGUGUUAGGUAUAAGGGUGAAAAGAUAUACUUGUAA